UGUCAGGUCGUAUAUAGAUAUUAAAUUAAAUUUUUAAAUGGGUCUGUUUUUUUCUUUUGUUAAAUGUUAGUAGCCUAUAUGUUAAAUUCGUGCAAAGACAAGAAACAUGCUAUGCUGGUAAGAUGAUACGAAUUCAUAAAGAAGAGAUUUUAUUACUGUGGACGUUAACACGCCGUUUCAUGAACGCUGGAAAGCUAAAGAACACGUAUUUAUUCUUUGGAUUGUCUCUAAUACAUUUUUCCGUCACUCCGGCCAGAACGUUUAACAUUCAAGAGCUUUCGAAGAGCAGGGUGGUCGUUUCACCACAACGCAAGAGUCAAUUUGGAUAUUCGAUUUCGUUGCACGAGAACGACAACGGGGUGUGGUUACUCACUGGUGCACCAGAAUACUCUGAGAACAAAAACGAAGAUCCAGAGGGGGCACUUUACUCUUGCCUGCUAAGACAUAAAUGGGCUGGGGCGAAGGUGGCGAGACAGAGAAACUGUACAAGACUUGAUUUUAGAAAAAGCAAACUCAUAAACAACACUGAGGUCAUCUACAGUUGUAACUUCGAAGAUUGCGAUUUAAUUGAACUUGACAAUGAUGACUUCGAUUGGACCAAAACAAGAUCAGCUACUUUAUCAGAUAACACUGGGCCUUCCAUUGAUCACACCUACAAAGUUUUAGGUUCUUCACCAAGAACAAGAGGUUCAUACCUGUAUAUUGAAGCUUCUGAUCCAUCUAGAGGUUGGGUAAGUGCAAUGGUUUCCACUCCACCUUUAGUGGCUACAACUGGAUCUUGUCUGAGAUUUUGGUACCAUAUGUAUGGUAGCAACAUCGGCAGCUUAAACGUUUAUGCUCAUGAUAAUGUUACUGGACUUGUGAUGGUUUGGAACAAAGAUGGACCUCAGGUUAACGCCUGGCAAGAAGGAUAUGCAACUAUUAUCAAUGAAUAUUCACACACAAUUGUGUUUGAAGCGGUGAAGGGGAAAAAUUGGGAGUCAGACAUAGCUAUUGAUGACAUCAUAAUAUAUCGUGGUCAGUGUCCGGAAGAUAUGAAUUUUGAAGCACAAUCACUGGGAGCCACUUUGGCUAGAAAUCCUAAAACAGGUCAGAUACUGAGCUGUGCGCCAAAUUGGAAGUACAAUUGUAGUGGCGAAGUACAUGCACCAGGGAUGUGCUAUUUUAUUCAACCAGAUUUAUCUCUUUCUUCUAUCAGUCUCCUCUCUCCAUGCAGAACACAAGUUUGUAACAGUGGGAAGCUUGACUUGAUUUUUCUUAUUGAUGAAAGUACCAGUGUGUUAGAAAAUGAUUUUGAUGGAAUAAAAGUCUGGCUACGAAACACCAUUAGCUCUUUUCCAAUUGGAGAAGAAUACACUCAAAUUGGACUAGCAACCUACAGUGACAAUCCGAGAAUCAUAUUUCAUCUGAACAAGUACCACAAGUUGGAUGAUAUAAGAAAAGCAGUGCUUGAAGUGGAGCAUACAUCCGGGGGCACUGCAACAGGGAAAGCAAUACUCUACCUAACAAACAAUAUGUUCACACAUGAAAAUGGGGUUCGUCCUAAUGCGAAAAGACUUGUAGUUGUGCUGACAGAUGGAAAGUCACAAGAUGAUGUGAUUGUGCCAUCUAGGAUUGCAAAAGAAUCUGGAAUUGUAAUGUUUGCAAUUGGAGUGGGAAAAGUAGUGAUGGGAGAAUUGAGGGCAAUUGCUUCGGAUCCAGAUAGAUAUGUUUACAAAAUCAACGAUUUCUCUGCAUUGGAAAGCAUAAGAAGGGAAUUGUCACACAGCAUUGCUUCAUUAGAAAGUCAAGGAAAAACAUCUACAAAGGAACAAGGUCAAGCUGGAUUAAGCGCAACCUUUCUUGAAGGAGCUCCAAUUAUUGGAGUUCCAGGUUUGAAUGAUUGGUCCGGCGGAAUAUCCUAUUUUAUUUCGGGAAAUGAAACUUCUGAUGCACCUGGGGUUUUUACAAAAAGAGUUGUGAAAAGUUUUAAAGAAAUUUUAAUUGGAACCAAAGUUUUUGGAACUAGGAAUGUAUCUGUGUAUGAAGAAAGUGAAAUUCCCCCUACAUCGCCUGCACUGUAUAAUAUCAGCAAGUCAACUUUUGUUGACACCUCCAGUAUUGUGGGGAUAAAGAUUAUACCUAAAGUGGGAAACAACACAAGUGGUGUUGCUAUAAAUGGUGGGGUUAAUGUCGCACCAACAAAAAUUGUGCUGCAGACAGGAGUUACUACAGAAAUGAUAGAAAAUAUUUCAUCCACUGCAAAUCAUUCUAUCUCACAAAGAACAAAAAGAAACCUAAUGCAGAAUGAAAUUGAUACAGAUUCUGCUUUGGAUGUAUUGGGCAGCAAGCCAACAAAAUCAAGUUUAAUCCAGUUGAUUCCGGAAGUGCAGAAUCAUACAUCCCAGAAAGCGAAAGGAAACAAUACCAAGCCAACAGCAGCGGCUUAUACUUCUGAUCUGGCAACCUUUUUUAGCUUUUUAGAAGGGAGUUCAGAAAAUGAUGAAUUUUCUGGAGAAAUUGCACAGAACACUUCAGAUUGGUUUCAAAAUUUUACAAGUGGUACGCAAGUCCCGCAAUUAACUUUAAACAAACCAACUUCAACAAGUAAUUUUUAUCCAAAACCUACAAAGUCAUCUGUGCCAAAGCAUUUACAAAAGCGCAGUGUUGAUAAUGCGAUAAAAAGAGGAAAAAGAAAUGUUCAUUUAAAUGAUGAACUUAGAAGAAAGAUUACACUUGCGUACUUUGGGUAUUCCAUUACAACUGGAGUAUUCAGGAAAAACAGCAGUGAGGUCAUUCUGGUUGGAGCACCAAGAAUGCUAAGCAUUGGGGCUGUCUACAUUGUUAAUAAAACUGAAGAUGAGCUAAAAGUAGAGAAAGAAUUUAUGAGCAACCAGAUGGGAAGUUACUUUGGUUAUUCCCUUUCUGCUGUCGACACCAAUGGCGAUGGAAUUGAUGAAGUUUUUGUUGGUGCUCCUUUGUGGAUGGAUAAGAAUUAUGACGAGGGAAGGGUCUUUGUGUAUGUCUCAAAUGAAACAGAGGGUAGUAUCACCCAAAGAGAAGUUGUUCUCUCUGGAGUAAAUGAGAUAGGAGCAAGGUUUGGUUUCUCAUUUGCAACGCCUGGUGACUUGAACAUGGACGGAUUUAAUGAUAUUGUGAUUGGAGCGCCGUCAACUAGGGAUGGAGAUGGUGCUGUUUUCAUUUACAAUGGUCGGCCGGAAGGAAUUACUCCCGUACCAUCUCAAGUAAUCCGAGCUUCCCAAAAAAAGAAGCGUCCGGUAUAUUUCAGCUACUCGCUAUUUGCAGGAGUAGAUGUGGAUGAAAACGGUUACAAUGAUAUUGCCGUUGGUGCUCCCGGAAACGACAGGGUUGUGAUAUUAUUUUCACGGCCUGUGAUCCAUGUCGACCUAAGUGUAUCUGCUUCUCCGCAAGUCAUUAACACAACUACCCCUAGUGAGGCGCACACAAAUGAUUCGUGUAAUGAUAAUGGAACUCGUACAUGUGUCACUGUUAAAGCUUGUUUUCAUGCCUAUGGUGUCAGCACUCCAGAAGCAAUAAUUCUCAGGUACCAAUUUGAAGCAGAUGUUGACUACAGUGGAGCAAAACCACGUGGGCGGUUUAAUAAAUACAAAGGAAACCUCAAAAUUAUCAGUAAUACAACUGAAUGUAUUGAAUCAACAUUGUACUUAAAGUUGCCAAUAUACAAACAACUUGAACCACUUAUAGUGAGCGUAGAAUACAAACUGUCACCGAAAAUGACAGUAUCAAAGAAAUCGGCUCUUCUUGAUAUCUUUGAUGCAAAUCAAGCAAGGACAGAGGUCACAUUUACCAAAGUAUGCAGUGAUUCCCUCUGUGAAUCUGAUCUAAGGAUAAAUGGCAUAAUCACAGGAGCUAAAAAAUCAAAACAAAAAGUUGCUCAAUUGCCCAUGGAAAAUAAUCGGCAAGGGGAAACAGUCUUGGCUCUGAGGCCAAACCAAGUGUUGGAGCUUGAUGUGACAGUUUGGAAUUUCAAUGACACCGCAUAUGAUGUUUCUGUUGCUGUGAAUUUCAGUACACAACUUUAUUUGUUCCAGCUUGCUACACAAGAGCCAGCAAACUGCAUGAGAAUAGCAACUACGGACCCUAAAAACCUGAAUAAGAUUUAUUCACCACGUCCUGCAGAUGAGGGUGCAACACACCACACCUUAAUGUUAUCUCAUCGAGAUCCAUACAUGAUGGAUGGCGGCAGCUGCAAUUUUAAGUUACUGUUUGCAGUGAAAGAAAACUUCACUGGGGGGCUUUUAAACUUUACAAUUCAAUCAGCGUCCUCAAGUGAAGAAACCAACCCAGUAGAUAAUGAAGUUGAUUUGGAUGUGAUGGUCAAAUAUAUUGCCGAUCUAGCAAUUCAAGUAGAUGAAAAUAAUCAUGUCACAUUUAAUGGGUCGGAGAAACAGUCAAUUCUAACUUUUGACGACAUUGGUCCAGCAGUUGUACAUACCUACAAGUUUGUUAACUUGGGGCCUUCUCAUAUUCCAAGAACAGAUGUUUCGGUACAGUGGCCAACAGAAACACCAAGUCAACAUGAUGUUCUGUAUUUGACGAAUGUUUCCUGCAUUCCAUAUGAAGCAUGUGUAUGUAUGGACUUGGAUAUCUUAGUCAACCCAGCCCAAAUCAACACGACAGAACAAAUCGGAACUUCAGUGAAUCGUGGAGCAACUGAUGUACCAAGGUUUGGAAAGAGAAUUGGUGAGCCCAAGGAAGACUCACUUUCUUCUAUUGAGUUUUACGCAACAGAGAUUGAUUGUACAGCAACUGGUUUUGUAUGCGAAGUUCUUCAGUGUCAGUUAGAAGAUAUGAAACCGUUAACUUCAGUGGAAAUUUCUCUCCAUUUCAGACUUUGGAAAUCCACUUUCAGCCAGGCACUCAUCUGGAAAGCUGAAAUUUCAUCGAAUGCAAAUGUUUCCACUGCUUCUUCAUUCAACAUUGUAGCAUCAUCAGGGCACCAAAACAAACUUAGCAAAAAGAUCACUACACGUGCAUUCAAUGCCAAUUUCACUUCAUUUGACACCGAAAGUUCAGGUUUCCACACACCAUGGUGGGUUUAUGUUGCUGCAAUCUGUGCUGGAGUCGCAUUACUGCUAUUAACUGUGCUUGCACUAAGCAGGCUUGGAUUCUUCAAGAGCAAAUACAAGCAGCACUUAGAAGAAGAAAGGGAAUGGCAGUAUAGCUACAGACAUAAUAUGGUAGAACAUUAUAAAGUAUAUGAUGGAUCACCAGCAACAGAUGAGGAAAAACAAAAGCUGUCUACCUUCCAGCAAAAAUUGCCACAAUCUCCCACUUUAUAGGAUGUUUUAACUUGAUUUAUUUUUUACUGCACAAAUGAACCAUCUGUAAACAACUUCUAUACGCUUUAAUGUAAAUUAUCAGCCAUAACAGCUGAAGCUUUUUUACAAGAAUGGUUUGUUUUAGUUCUAUAUGAUAGAUUACAGGAUCAAAAUAGGUAUGUUUAUAACUAGUAACAAACUACAAAAAGUUCGCUGUCUUUCACUGCACCUUACAGAUUCUACAUUUAUAGCCAACAGCAUUAAUUUUCUUGCCACCUUACAGUUCUAAAGUUUAAAAUUGUUUAUUUUGUUUUUAACCAAUUAUUAAUUUAAAAGUUUCCUAGUCUCUGAUUUUAAAGUUCAUUACCGUACACUUAGACCUGUGUAUUUUUAAUAAUUAUCAAAUUCAUUUUUAAAUCUUGUAUGCGUGCCAUUUUAGCGAAAAACUAUAAAUUGUAACGGCGAUCGUACAGUAUUCUGUGACAAUUUUGUGUAUUUUUUAGCAUUCGUAAAAUUACAAGUCGUUAAAUAUGUA